AUACUUUGCGACAACCAUGCGCUUUUCUCCACACAGCCCCUAGGGGGCGACCUCCAUAGCGAGCACGUGCAGCUACGGUCGCAGACAGCCGAAACGAUAUUGCUCUGCGCAUUCCAGGGCGCCGCGCAGGCGAGGUCUUCCAAACUAGGAGCAUCAUCAGGAUCCUUCGUUCUUACCCCAACGCCGGCUCUAUGUAAGCCGACCGCAGCGUCGCACCACCUGCAUCACGUCAUGGCACAACACCAGUCACAGGCAAACAAGAGAGGGUUUCUUGGAAUUAUCUGCCAUUACUGUCUCGCUGAAUCGCUGCCGACCCAAAGCAGCCUAUCAUACAGCAAAUUAUCAUCCGAAUGCCUCCAUUUUUCGUUCCGGCCAGCCACCGCUCAAUGUGGCGAUCCCGCAAGCAAAGAUAAAGGAUCCAAAAGAAGCCUCGUCAAUCAUAACCGUUGCCGGUGUUGGUACGCCAAGGCACCUCUAUGGAGGAGAAGAACGGACGGGGGUAAAGAAUACUAUACAAGGGGAUACGUGGUGGAACGGCGGGGUGGUGCUGGGUGCAGAGGAAGAGAGAGCGACCUGAGAGUACCGGGAUGUAGCCUCCAAGGAUGGUGCCAGAUACUGCGGAAAUUCGGACAAGCAAACCAAUGCUCCCAGAAUACUCAGGCAAGAAUACACGCGUCAAGAGGUGGAGAGAUUUAAGCAUGGAGCGAAUGACAGAAGCAUCUGCAGAGAGCGAUGGGGAAGAAUGCGGCG